AUGGCGGACCGGAAAGUUCUUGUGAAGUAUUACCCGCCUGAUUUCGACUUUGACAAGUUACAGGCCAAGAAGAAAGCACUGCGAAUCCAUCAGCAGCAGCUAAAGAGGCGCAGAGGAGAUGUCUUCGACCCUCCCCAGAAAAAACAUAGAAACAAAAUUAUGAACGUCCGCAUGAUGUACCCUUUCACCCUCAAAUGCGGAACUUGCAGCGAAUUCGUUUACGUCGGAACAAAAUUCAACUCCAGAGUCGAGAAGGUCGAGGGCGAAGAUUAUCUGGGGAUUGUUAAAUGGAGGUUUUAUGGUCGCUGUCCGCAUUGCCGCGGCGAAAUUUGUUUCAAGACAGAUCCGCAGAACUGCGAUUACGUCUUGGAGUGGGGCGGCACGAGAAUGUGCGACCCGUUGCGUGACCAGGCCUUGGCUGAGGAACGCAUGCAAAAGGAGGAGGAGGAGAAGCUGGCUACUGACAGAGUGUCACAGGUGGAGGCCUCCCGAGCGAAGCAUCAAGGAAGAUGA